GCGUGAUGUCAUCAGUAGGCGACGGCAUUGACCAGACCUCACGUUGGAGACCCGCAGGAGACCCAGGGAUAAACGGGAUCCGGAACCCCACCCCAGUCCUCCAUUUUAUUCCUUAUUUCCUUGCACUAAGAGAACACAAAUAAGACAUUGCACCAGGAACAACAUUAAAAAUGGAAGCAGUGGAGUCCUGGGUGAAGGACCAGCUCCACGAGGUGCUGGGUAUGAGUGACCGGCACGUAGCACAGUUUUUGGUGGGGACCGCACUACGCAGUUCAAGUUCUUCUGAUUUCCUGAGACGUCUUGGUGAUACUGGAGCUAUCGAUGUGACAGAGAAAGUAAAAAAGUUUAUAGAGGAACUCUGGGUAAAGAUUCCACGCAAGGCUCCAGUUGAGCGACCAGCUCGGGCUGCGGAGAGAGAAGCCCUGGCAAUGCAGGAGAAGAACAGAUCGUAUGCUCUGAUUGAGGAUAGUGAGGAAGAGGAGGCAAAGGACGAGAAAAAAGACGAUAAGAGAAAGAAAAAGAAGCAUUUCAGGAAGAGAAAGAAAGAGGAGUCAUCCGACAGUGAGAGCGAUAAAAUACAGAUCGAGAAGGUGCCUUCUCCUUCCAACACCUCUGAAGACGAUGAAGAAAGGGAAGAGUUGGCACGGUUAAAGGAUCUAGAAGAGAGGGAUGCUUUUGCAGAACGUGUGAAAAAGAGAGAUAAGGAAAAAACCAGGAACAUAGUGGAGAGGUCUGAUAAAAAGGCAUAUGAAGAGGCACAGAAAAGGCUCAAACUGGCGGAAGAAGAUCGUAAAAAGAUGGUACCAGAGUUGAGGAAGAAGUCCAGGAGAGAUUACCUGGGGAAAAGAGAAAAGGAAAAGCUGGAAGAUCUCGAGGCUGAGAUUGCGGAUGACGAGUAUCUCUUUGCAGAGCCGGAGCUGACUGCAGUUGAGCAAAAGGAGCUGGAAUAUAAGCGCAGGGUGCGCGAUCUGGCGAAAGAGUACAAGAAAGCAGGCGAAAAGGAACGUAUGGAAAAACAUGACCGGUACUUUAUACCUGAGGAAAUUCGGAGCAAGAAAAUACCCGACCGAUACGAGGAGCCAGUGACUGAGGAGAAAUUUGCUCCCCGGGAGGAACAGAGGCGCUGGGAAGAGGAACAUAUUGGCGCCGCAUCCCUGAGAUUUGGGGCCAAAGAUGCGCAAAGCCGCGGGCAGAAGGAAUACGACUUUGUGAUGGAGGAGGAUGAAUUCAUUCAGUUUGUCAGCUCUACACAAAUGAAGGGCACUGUGGAGAAGCAAGAAGAGGAGGAUUCCGAAGCAUUGUCGGAGGCAGAGAAGAAACAUCUGUCCAUUCAAGAGGUGCGUCGUAGCCUCCCAGUCUUCCCGUAUCGCGCAGAUCUCCUACAAGCCAUUUCUGAACACCAAAUUCUCAUCAUCGAGGGAGAGACUGGAUCCGGCAAGACUACCCAGAUCCCACAAUACCUCCACGAAGAGGGCUACACUAACAAUGGAAUGAAGAUUGGGUGCACUCAGCCUCGUAGAGUAGCUGCAAUGAGUGUGGCCUCUCGAGUCUCCCAGGAGAUGGCAGUGAAACUGGGCAACGAGGUUGGAUACAGUAUUCGGUUUGAGGAUUGCACGUCGGAGCGCACAGUACUGAAAUACAUGACAGACGGGAUGUUGCUGAGAGAAUUUCUCACUGAACCUGAUCUGGCCGGCUAUAGCGUUAUAAUAAUAGAUGAAGCCCACGAAAGGACCUUGCACACAGACGUGCUCUUUGGUCUUAUCAAGGACAUUGCCCGGUUCCGUCCUGAUCUGAAGGUUCUGGUCGCUAGUGCCACCCUGAACACUGAACGCUUCUCCGCCUUCUUUGACGAAGCCCCUAUCUUCCGAAUCCCUGGACGCAGAUACCCCGUUGACAUCUAUUACACCAAGGCUCCUGAGGCGGACUACCUAGAGGCCUGUGUUGUGUCUGUGUUACAGAUUCACGUUACGCAGCCUACUGGAGACAUCUUGGUUUUCCUCACUGGACAGGAAGAGAUUGAAACAUGCUGUGAAAUGAUACAGGAGCGGUGCCGCCGGCUCGGAUCGAAGAUUGCAGAGUUGUUGGUGUUACCAAUUUAUGCCAAUUUACCAUCUGACAUGCAGGCCAAGAUAUUUGAACCUACACCUCCUGGAGCACGGAAGGUUGUUAUAGCCACCAACAUUGCGGAAACCUCACUGACCAUCGAUGGUAUCAUUUAUGUGAUUGACCCUGGAUUUUGCAAACAGAAGAGUUACAAUGCUCGUUCAGGAAUGGAGUCUUUAAUUGUUACUCCUUGUUCAAAGGCAUCAGCCAAUCAGAGAACGGGAAGGGCUGGCCGCGUGGCAGCAGGGAAGUGUUUCAGAUUGUAUACUGCCUGGGCCUACAAGAACGAGAUGGAAGAUACAACAGUACCUGAGAUCCAGAGAACAAACUUGGGGAACGUGGUACUUCUACUCAAAAGUUUGGGUAUCAAUGACCUGAUCCACUUUGAUUUCAUGGACCCCCCACCUCAUGAGACACUAGUUCUAGCUCUGGAGCAGCUGUAUGCGCUCGGAGCCCUAAACCACCUGGGGGAACUCACGAAGAUGGGCAGAAGAAUGGCUGAGUUGCCAGUUGAUCCCAUGUUAUCCAAGAUGAUUCUGGCAUCUGAGAAGUACAAUUGCUCAGAGCAGAUCCUCACCAUCGCGGCCAUGCUGUCUGUAAACAACACCAUCUUCUACCGGCCCAAAGACAAGCUGGUGCAUGCGGACACAGCACGUGCCAACUUCACAGUGCCUGGAGGGGACCACCUGGUACUGCUUAAUGUAUAUACACAGUGGGUGGAAGGUGGUUACUCUCUCCAGUGGUGCUAUGAGAAUUUCAUCCAGGCGCGUUCUCUCCGCCGGGCUCGCGAUGUUCGAGAGCAGCUAGAGGGACUCAUGGGACGAAUCGAGAUUGAGCUGACAUCCUGUGAGGGGGAAAACAUACCAGUGCGCAAGGCGAUCACGGCUGGCUAUUUUUAUCACACCGCCCGACUCACCCGCAGCGGAUAUAAAACAGUGAAGCAACAACAGGGUGUAUAUAUCCACCCCAACAGUAGUCUACAUGAGGAGCAGCCUCGCUGGGUUAUAUACCAUGAACUUGUCUUUACCACCAAGGAGUAUAUGAGACAGAUGAUCGAGAUUGAUAGCACUUGGCUGCUUGAGGUAGCACCACAUUAUUACAAAUCUCGGGAACUGGAAGACCCCACCAGUAAGAAGAUGCCAAGAAAAGCUGGAAAGAGCCGAGAGGAGCUGGGCUGACGGAUACACUGGAAAACUGCAGACUAAGGCUCUAAUUGUGCAAGAAUGAAUGGAUCUUCACGCCAUCUGACCGUAAAACCAGGAGGACCUAUUCUCAUACUGUUCAGUCACCCUAGGUUUCAGUAAAUUGAGCUUUGAGGCCAGCAUCUGACGUUCUUCAGCAGGAAAAUAUCAAGAUCCAUGAAGGGCCGGCUCUACUGCAGGGAUCUUAAACUCUACCCCCCAGAUAUUGGUGGCCUACAACUCCCAGGAUUCUCUAAAUACCAUAGAGAGCUAGAUAAUCGACUUGUAGUUCAGCAAUAUCUGGGGACUGGAGUUUGAUAUGUCUGAUCUACAGCAAAACACAAAAUAGCUGCAGACACAUUUUAAGGAAUAUGUACACACAUUACCGUAUGUAAAAUAUUAUUGCUUUGUGCCUGCACUAUGCUGUGAUGUUUUAACAGGACUUGAUUACAUCUUGUAUUUUCCUUUCCGACCUUCCCUGCUGCAGCCUGUAAUGAAAGGUACACACCCCUCUGUACAUCUGUAUAUAAAGAUUUUCAUUUUGUGUA